AUGAACACCAAAACUUUAGUUUCAGUAUUUUUAAUUUUAUUUGUAAGCUUUGUUUACUCACAAAAAGCUGAAUUAUUAUUCCAAAAAAAGAUCGUAGAAGGUCCAGUUGUAGGUAAACACUUACCAAUUCAAUUCAUUAUCUAUAACGUUGGUUCAGAUCCAGCCUACGAUGUUUCAUUCAUUGAUAAUGACUUUAUCUCUGCUGAUUUCGAUAUUAUUUCAGGUCAAACCGAAGGUAAAUGGGAAACCCUUGCUCCAGGUUCACAAGUUCAAACCAAUUUAACUGUUGAACCAAAGAAAUCAGGUAUUUACAGUUUAACCUCAACUGUUUUAAAUUACCGUAAAUCACAACACGAUAGUGAAUUCACUGUUUCAUCAGCUGCCAGCUACAGUGGUAUGUAUGUUGAAAGCCAAGCUGAUUAUGAAAAGAGAACUUCUCUUUUAGUCAAAGAAAUUAUUGUUUUCGUUUUAUUAUGCGUUGCUGCUGUUGGUUUACCAUACUCAAUCGUUUCAAACUACAAAAAAACUUAUGAAAACUCUAUUAAAAAGAACUAA